GUAAACGUGGAGGUAGAUGGGGUAUGAAUUUCAUAUCUGGCUCGGGUCCCCAACAUAGUUUGUCAACUCAUUCUGUAUUCAAGGACGAAAAGUCUGAUGUAAAUAGACAAUGCGAAGAUUACAAAAAUACAAAACCAAACUUUAUUAGAACCGGAGGUGCAUCUGUCCCACCACCGCCAUCUCUUGGUUCUCGUAAUAGUAGAGGUUAUUCAGAUCCCAAUGAAGUCCUAAUAAAUCACAGUGCAUUUGCCGGGACACAGGGAGGUUCAACGCGGGCUUUUGCUAAUUUAGGUCGCAAAAGAGUAGCAGACGAGGAUGAUUACUUCUUAGAAGAUGAUGACACAAAUAAUUUAGAAUAUCAACCUGCUCCAGGAAGUCCAGCUGCUACCAAACGUCCAGAUCAAGCUGAUGUUCAGUCAGAUGAUUCAGAUGAUCCUCUAGAUCAGUUUAUGGCUGGCAUAAAUGAAGAGGUUAGAACACUUCAUUCUGGCGAGAAAACUGUGAAUAAAGAGUCAAAUAGUAAGGCAAAGAAAAGUACCAAAGGUGAUGGAAAAGGUGUACGUGAUGAUAUUGAACAAGAAGAUGAAAUUGAAUCAUAUCUUAGAUUUAUGGAAGAAAAUCCACAUCUUGGAUUACCUGGUGAUGAUGAAGAAGAAGUAUAUGAAUAUGACGCUGAUGGAAAUAUUAUCGGUACAGAAAAAAAGACUAUUGAUCCAUUACCUCCAAUUGAUCAUUCCAUGAUAAAUUAUGCACCAUUCGCUAAAAAUUUCUAUGUUGAACAUGUAGAAAUAUCUAGUUUAGAUGAAGCUGGUGUAGAUUCACUUCGAGCUAAACUUGGUUUACGUGUUAGUGGACCUAGUCCAUUACGACCUGUUUGUUCAUUUGCUCAUCUUGGCUUAGAUGAACCAUUAAUGGAAGCAAUACGUAAAGCUGGUUAUACACAACCAACACCAAUUCAAGCACAAGCUGUUCCAUUAAUAUUAGCUGGACGUGAUGUAAUUGGAAUUGGUAAAACUGGUAGCGGUAAAACUGCCGCUUUCUUAUGGCCACUUAUUAUUCAUAUUAUGGAUCAACCGGAAUUAAAACUGGGUGAUGGUCCUAUCGGUGUGAUAUGUGCACCGACAAGAGAAUUAGCAUUACAAAUCUAUAGUGAAGCUAAAAAGUUAGCCAAAGUAUACAAUUUAACCGUUGUCUGUGCCUAUGGUGGUGGAAGUUUGUGGGAACAACAAAAAGCUUGUGAAGCUGGAUGUGAAAUUCUAGUUUGCACACCGGGUAGAUUAAUUGAUAUUGUGAAAAAGAAAUCAACUAAUUUACGUCGAGUUACAUAUCUUGUAUUUGAUGAAGCUGAUAAAAUGUUCAAUUUAGGGUUUGAACCUCAGGUUCGUUCAAUUGCCAAUCAUGUAAGACCUGAUCGACAAACUCUUCUCUUCAGUGCCACAUUUAAACGUCGACUUGAACGAUUGGCCAGAGAUAUUCUACUUGAUCCUGUUCGUAUUAUACAAGGUGAAUUAGGCGAGGCUAAUGAAGACAUAACUCAACAUGUUGAGAUUUUCGAUAAAAUCGAACAGAAGUGGGAUUGGUUAACACGCAAUUUAGUCAGAUUAACCACUGAGGGAAGUGUACUUAUUUUUGUGACACGUAAAGUUCACAGUGAAGAGGUUGCACAAAAGUUGAAGUCACGUGACUUAAAGGUUCUUCUCAUCCAUGGAGAUAUGCAUCAAUCCGACCGUAAUACUGUGAUACAAGCAUUCAAACGGCAAGAAGCUCCUAUCUUAGUGGCUACCGAUGUUGCAUCACGUGGUUUGGAUAUACCUAGUAUACAUAAUGUAAUCAAUUAUGAAGUUGCACGAGAUAUUGAUACACAUACUCAUCGAAUUGGUAGAACUGGUCGUGCAGGAGCAAAAGGAACAGCUUAUACAUUAUUUGUUGCUGGAAAAGAUCCAGUUGAUUUUGCAGCGUGUUUAGUUCAGCAUUUGGAAUCCGGUUCACAAACAGUUCCACAAAGACUUCUUGACAUCGCUCUAAAGUGUACUUGGUUUGCAAAUAAUCGAUCUUCGCUUAACAGUGGAAACAACGGUUGUAUUAGACCAAGUGGUGGAUUUGAACCUCGACAACCUCGUGCCAGACCAGGAUUAGGUUUAUCAUCCGAUAGCAGUGAAUCAAAUUAUUGUCCACGUAGUGGUCCGGCAGCUGCAGCAGCGGCAGGUGAAGGAGCUGAAUUAAUUCGUCCAGGUGGUAAGUUAAACUUUCAGUAUUCUGUAAUCAGCAAUUUUAGUCAUUUUCUCAUUCAUUUAAUAGGUGAAUAUUGCAUAUUGCAGUGUAUUUUUCACUAAAUAUUUCAUUUCAAGUCCCUGGAAAUAUUCGCUAUGAACAUGUCAUGUGAAAAGUGUAAAUACCAGUGAAAGUAAGGAUUUGAAAUGAAAUCUCUGCUAAUAAUCACACCGUAAUAUGCAGCAUUCACUCACCACUGAAUGAACCGAUUAAUGACCAAAACUGUUGAAUACAACAGACCUAUUGAGCAUUUGAAACGCUUAGGACAAACUCAACCAUCUAUUCAGUUAUAACAUGUUGUGUGGUGUCUGAAUCUGAUAUUGAAAAGCAAUCUCUCUACACAUGAGCCCAUCGAGUGAAAAGGCUAAGAUCGUUAAAGGAAAUGUUUUGGCUACAUUGAAUUGGCAUGUGUAGUAUACUCAUUUUUAUGUAUAUCCAGGGAUUAAGCUACCAAUGAUAUAUGAUUCUGUUUUAGGAAAUGUAAGUCAUCUGUUGGUCAUCAUCAUUUGGCCGAUUUUUGAUUGACCCAAUCUGUCAAUCUACACGCAUGUAUUUAUGCUGCUUCGGUGUUAGUGUCAUUGUACGUGAUUUUAUUUUGUUAGUAAGAAUAAUUGUAUGAGACUAAUAAAAUGAUACCAAGUUGCUACACACAUGACGGCGAAAUGUCCGUCUUACCUAUUAUUAUAGGUUACACAGCAGUUCAACUCAUUUCACUUUUAAACAUAAUUUCAGAAAAUAGAAGGCAUUCGUACGCUCCUAAUACUCGUCAACCAUUACUUACGCCUGUUACUCCUAAUGGAGCAUAGGUCACCGACCAGUAUUCUCCAACCCACUCUGUCCUGGGCCUUCUUUCCUAGUUCCAUCCAUUUCUUGUUCAUUUUUCUCAUGUCUAUCUCUAUUUUUCGGCGUAAUGUGUUCUUUGGUCUUCCACUUUUCUUUUGGCCUUGAGGAUUCUAUGUGAGGGUUUGUCUUGUGACGCAAUUGGGUGCUUUCCUCAAUGUGUGUCCUAUCCACUUCCAGCGCUUCUUUCUGAUUUCUUCCUCCACUGGGAUUUAGUUUGUUCUCUCCCAUAGUAGGUUGUUGUUAAUAGUGUCCGGUCAACGGAUCUGAAGUAUUUUUCGUAGACAACUGUUAAACUCGUCGACCAUAGAUAUGUUUAAAGUACUACUUGUUUAUGGUGGAAUAGAUUAGUGAACAUUAUUCAAUUUAAAAAUAUGGUACUAGGUGAAAAUUACAAGUCGAUCAACGUCUCCAAAUCAUUGUUUGUCUUGCUCCAGAAUAGUGAGCGCCAAUAUUAAUUAUCUCAUACUUUUUAUAUCUGUAUUUAAUUGCCUUCCCUUCAAAUCAACAUGCUCUCCGGUGUCUUACUACUUCCGCUUUUACCUUAUUUACUGUUCACAUUUCUGAUUUCAUCACACUGUGAUUAGUUUUGUAUAUAUAUGAAAAAUUGGACCUAUGGAUAUUGUGCUAGAUUUUAUGUCCAUUAUGAAUGGCCGACUGACUUGGAAGACGAUCUUCGGAAAAAAACUCAACUGACAAAAUUGAACUUGAAGUCUGUAUCUUAGUUCAAUCAAAAUUAAGAUUUAAGUUUACUCGUUUUCUUUUUACUGACAAGUUAUUGUGAAAUUGAAAAAAAAACAGUUAUUAUCAAUUUCAUUCACCAUAGGUUUACAAGCAGAUCGAUUUUCUGCCAUGAAAGCAGCGUUUUCAGCUCAAUAUAAUCGAAGAUUUGUAUCGGCUGGUGUUGAAGCUAGUAGAUAUACACAUCCAGAAAUGUUGAAAUCAUCAAAUACAACUGAUAGACCUCAACUUGCAGACAGUUUUAUUGUUCAAAGUAGUAACUCAGAAGAAUCCCAAUGUCCGCAACAACUUCGAUCAUCUCUAGUUACACCACAAAAUGUACAAACGGAUCCUAAGCAAAAACGUUCGAGAUGGGAUUAAAUGAUAUUUGUGUAAAGACGUUUUCCAAUUCUAAACGCAUUUUUUUCAUUGUUACUUCACAGCUUGUAACUUUCAUACAUACGUAUAUGUACACACACAACGCAAUAAAAGUUUUAAUCAUUUG